GGGAUCCCUCGUUUUCUAUUUCUAUGCACACUCAUUCUUCAACCUUCACCUCAUUCAACCCCUUCAUCUUCUUCUUCAUCAUCGUCACCAUGUUGCAGAUUCUUCUCCUCCUUCAAUGAUGGGUCUCUCAGAUCCAGUCCCUAUUGCAAUUGAUAAGCCACUUACAAGGUGCUAUCAGCUUGCUGACCUUGGGGGGAUUUGGUCUGAGUAGGUAAGCUGGUCACAAGUUCACAACAUGCCAUAUUAUAUACAGAGACUUUAUAGGCUAUGCAAGGCAUCCUUUUCACCAGAUGGACCUGUGUCAGAAGAAGCCAUUGAAAAAGUUCGUGAGAAGUUAGAAAGAAUCAAGCCAACUGAUGUAGGUCUUGAACAAGAGGCACAAUUGGUUCGGAAUUGGUCUGGUCCAAUGCUUGAACAUAAUGGGAGCAAUCGAUCCUUGCCGCCUAUCAAAUACUUGCAUUUGCAUGAAUGUGACUCCUUCUCUAUAGGGAUAUUUUGCAUGCCCCCCUCGUCUAUCAUUCCUCUCCAUAAUCAUCCUGGAAUGACUGUGUUGAGCAAGCUCUUAUAUGGUUCAUUAUAUGUUAAAUCCUAUGAUUGGAUUGAUGCACCUGGCUCCACUGAUCCAUCUGAAGCUAGACCUGCAAAGCUUGUCAAAGAUACAGAGAUGACAGCACCGAGUCCCACAACAAUUCUUUAUCCCACAAGUGGAGGGAACAUCCAUUGUUUUCAAGCUAUAACUCCUUGUGCAAUCUUUGACAUAUUGUCUCCACCUUACUCUCCAGAGCAUGGAAGACACUGCACUUACUUCCGGAGAUCACAAAGGACAGAUCUUCCAGAGUUGAAUGGAGUUACGGUUUCUGAAGUGACUUGGUUAGAAGAAUUUCAACCUCCUGAUGACUUUGUGAUCCUGAGAGGGCAGUAUAAGGGUCCAGUUAUUAGAACUUGAAAAUUUUCUUGUUUGCUGUGUUUUACAACAGAAAGAAAUUGGCCUCUUAUCUUUAGGUUACAACGAAGGAAACUGUGGAAUGUGGUUUCAAUAAUUAUAUUCUUUGGCUAUGUAAGUUAGGCAUUUGGGUAUGUACAUAAUAAUGCACUAAUGUAAUCUAUUUACAGACCUCAGCUUAAUCCUAUAGAAUAAUGACGGAAUGUUGAAGUAGAUUUUCCAGAGCUUAUCUUAAAUAACUAU